AUGUCAAGUAUCGACUACGUUUUCAGGACGGUCAAUUAUCGCACCCAAACUGGCAACCUGACAGCUACCGUGCACUUACCGCCAGAUGUUACUUCCGUGAAGGCAAUUGCGCUAUACUUCCACGGAGGUGGCUACAUCGUCGGUAGCAGGGCAAUGCUACCAGCAACCCAUAUCGAAGCUUUGAAUGAAAGUGGUUUCAUCGUCGUAACUUCAGACUAUCGUCUUGGUCCUACUAUCUCCGUCCUGGACGGUCCAGUCAGCGAUUCAGUAGCCGCGUAUGAAUGGGCGCAGAACGAGCUUCCCACAUUGCUGGAGAAAGACCGUGGUAUCCGAGUGGAUGGUAAAAAUAUCGUCACUCUGGGUCACUCUUGUGGCGGAGGGCUUGCCUUGUUGAUGGUAAUGAUUAGUCCUGCUUCUCGCCCGAACCCACCCAAAGCCAUCCUCGAUCUCUUCGGAUUCAAAUACCUCCGUGAUCCCUUCUAUCACACUGGCACUAGCACUCAGCCUCCACCUGAUGCACCGGCUCCACCCUCCGUCGAAUUCAUCAACCAAGUCUUCGAAGAGGUCCCUCCACCAACCGCGGCGCGUCCUCCAUUUGGUCCUAACGGACUCGAUCUGAGCACACCGCGACAAGCUUACCUAGUGUCUUCUGUGAGGAAUGGUACCCAAUUUGAUGCCAUCAUCCCAGAAGAUGAGUACGAUCGUGUUGACCCGGAGAAAUUGUUGAAGAGUUCGAGUUUCCCACCGACAUGUUUCGUGCAGGGAACGGCGGAUGUCGUUGUUGAUGCGAAGUUCUCCCAGUGGGCAUAUGCGGAAUUGCAGAAGAAUGGGGUACAGAGUGAACUGUAUCUUGUCGAAGGUAUGGCUCACGGGUUUGACGCUAGAUUGAAACGUGACGAUGCUACCUUUGCGCCUAUCCAGAAAGGCGUGGAUUUUCUGGCGAGGCAUAUUGUGGGUUGA